AUGUCGACACUUACCGAUACGAAUUCGGUGCCGAAAGGACGCCAUCUCGUUGAAAAGUCACCAUCGAGACCGCUAAGGUGUUUGAAAGGUUGCGCUCUGGACGUAAUAAGUUGUGCAGAAAACGAGGGGGCGGGGGCGCCCUGCGGCCGAUCUGCGGCACCCUUUAAAUGGCGCAAAGUUAUAAGCUCCACGGGUCCGCAACCGCGCCCCCGUCACGGCCACCGUGCCUUGGCAAUUAAAGAGCUCAUGGUGAUCUUUGGCGGCGGAAACGAGGGUAUUGUGGAAGAGUUGCACGUGUAUAAUACAGUAACUAACCAAUGGUAUGUGCCAGCGACGAAAGGCGACGUGCCCCCAGGAUGUGCAGCAUAUGGUUUUGUGGUGGACGGCACAAAAAUUUUCGUGUUCGGUGGCAUGGUCGAAUAUGGAAAAUACAGUAACGACUUGUAUGAGCUUCAGGCAACCAAAUGGGAAUGGCGACGUCUACGCCCUGUACCAGAUAAAGCUUACGGGGCGCCAUGUCCUCGACUGGGGCACUCUUUUACCCUUGUAGGCGAUCGCGUGUUUUUAUUUGGCGGCCUUGCGAAUGAGAGCGAUGACCCGAAGAACAACAUUCCUAAAUACCUCAAUGACCUGUUUGUCCUGAAUAUCAGGACAGAACCUCCCGUAUGGGAGGUUCCUCUGUGCUCAGGCGAGCGACCUUCGCCUCGUGAGAGUCACACAAGCGUACUUUACACAGACGCGGCCAAGAGAUCUCACUUAGUUGUGUAUGGAGGCAUGAGUGGAUGUCGUCUGGGAGAUUUGUGGCUAUUAGAUACGGAGGCUAUGAAGUGGACGAGACCUCAGGCAGUGGGUCGACCUCCACUGCCCAGAUCUUUACACACGAGCACUCUGAUCGGUCAUAGGAUGUUUGUCUUCGGUGGCUGGGUUCCUUUCGUCACCGACGAUGGAAAGGUGGCCAGUGAAAAGGAAUGGAAGUGCACUAAUACCUUAGCCUGCCUAAAUCUCGAAUCCAUGACAUGGGAAGAGCUUUCAGUUGACAUGACGAUUGAAAAUGUACCGCGUGCACGCGCUGGUCACAGUGCGGUUGGUAUUCAGAGCCGCCUGUACGUCUGGUCGGGUCGUGAUGGGUAUCGCAAAUCAUGGAACAAUCAAGUACGUGUUUGUUGCAAGGACUUGUGGUAUUUGGAAGUAGAGGUUCCUCCGCCCGCCACACGCGUAGCUCUAAUUCGCGCAUCUACGCGCAGUUUGGAAAUGUGCUGGGGUGCUGUACCCACGGCCCAACACUAUAUUCUUGAAAUUCAGCGAAUCGAUAACAAACCGGCAAUUAUUCCGCCACGUCCCAUACGUGUUCCAACACCAAAUGCGGUGGUACGUGCUCCCCAACAGCCAUUACUACGGGCACCACGCCCAUCAAUAGGAAAGCAGAUUAUUAUACAAAAACCUACAACAGCGGGCACAAGUACAGCAGGACACCCUGUGCCUGGCAGCGGUAAGGCACACGUGCUGAAGCUAGUAAAAACCAGUCAAGGCAUGGCAGUCCAGUCGCUGCCCAAGGUGACUGUUGUCAGUGGAAACGUCGCCAUGAGUGGUAACAGUACCACAAUCAAUAAACCAAUAAUGGGCAACGUAGUGAAGAUUGUGUCGUCGAUGGAUAAAUUUAUGUUGAAAAACGCCACGCCGCUGACGAGUGGUGGGAAAAUAUUAAUUGCAAACCAACAGGCAAGACCUAAUCAACAGAUAAUUGUGGUGAGUAGUGGAACACGUACAGUAGUUCCUGGUGCUCCUCUUACAAGUGUUGCAACUAGUGGAGCGACUAAAGUUGUGCCGGCUCGUCCUAUCACGAUCCACGUGCCAAACAAAACUUUACAAUUGGCUACAGGCAAGGCCAUCACAGUUCAGUUGCCUAAGACAAUGACGAUCGUCUCUCCGAGCAGUUCUGCUACGUCUCCAGUAGUGGUGAUCCCUAAGCCCGAAACUCCCGAGGAAACUUCUGCCCAAAUAGAGCAGUUAGACGGUGCCUGGGAUGAGCUGCAAUGUUUUGUUAAAAGGACAGGAAGGCCACCACAAAUAGGUCUCAAAGGCGGUGCACCGCCUACUAAAGAAGAAGAAGAAGAAGAAGAAGUUUCACAGACACUGGAAGAUUGCAUGGAUGAGAAGGAUGCUAUGAAUGAAAAAUUGGUUUUAAGUAACAACGGACAUAUGGACGUGAAUUCGACGAAUGUUCUGACAACUAUUAAAGGAAAUGAGCCGUUGAAUCUCAGCGCAAUUGAGUCUGUAGGCGAUAUCAAGACAUACGUACUGUACAAGGCGAAAGACCAGCAUUCAGAAGAAAAGCGAACUCUAGGUACUCUUGUCUCGGCGGCUGCUCAGCAUUUAAAUAAACCGAAUCGGCAAUUGUCUGAUCAAAAGGUUGACGAGGAGACUAGCGAAAACCCUUGGUGCACCGUGGGCAUAUUCAAAGGUGUCAACCACACUGUGACUAGUUACAUUGAUCCUUGUCAGUGGAACAGUGCUACGCAGCCCUACCUUUCUUCGGACACAUUACCUGAAUUAGAAAUGCUUAGCAGAGUAGUGCUUGAACAAGGCACGGCAUAUAAGUUUCGCGUCGCGGCCAUUAACGGAUGCGGCCGCGGUGAGUGGGGCAAAGUGUCUCUUUUCAAAACAUGCCUACCUGGCUUCCCUGGCGCUCCCUCUACCAUUAAGAUCAGUAAAAUGGUUGAUGGUGCUCAUCUGUCUUGGGAGGCACCGCCAACUACAGAGGGCGGCAUCCUCGAAUAUUCAGUGUACUUAGCAGUAAGAAGCGUAACUACUAAGGAAACAAACUCCGCAGCCCAACUCGCUUUUGUACGUGUGUACUGCGGUCCCAACAAUCAAUGCACAGUGUCCAAUAGCUCUUUCAUGCUCGCUCACGUUGAUUACACGAGCAAGCCGGCCAUCAUUUUUCGCAUAGCGGCGCGUAACGAAAAAGGCUACGGACCAGCUACGCAAGUUAGAUGGCUACAGGAUCCCCUUGUGGCAAAGAUGAUGCAGUCAACAUCAAAGCGAGGAUCUGAGCGGAUUCCUUAUCCUGACAAGCGAGCCAAAGCUGCCCCUUAAAUCACGUGACUUGCUUUACUGUAAAAUGGAAUAAAGAGCGCAUGUUUAUAUUGA